CAGACAUGGCUUCGGGCGCUGCUACUACGGCCGUGAAGAUCGGAAUAAUUGGUGGAACCGGCCUGGAUGACCCAGACAUUUUAGAAGGAAGAACUGAAAAAUAUGUGGAUACUCCAUUUGGCAAGCCAUCUGAUGCCUUAAUUUUGGGGAAGAUAAAAAAUGUGGAUUGUGUCCUUCUUGCCAGGCAUGGGAGACAGCACACGAUCAUGCCUUCAAAAGUCAACUACCAAGCGAACAUCUGGGCUCUGAAGGAACAGGGCUGUACACAUAUCAUCGUGACCACCGCAUGUGGCUCCUUGAGGGAGGAGAUUCAGCCCGGAGACAUCAUCCUCAUCGACCAGUUCAUAGACAGGACCUCCAUAAGGCCUCAGACCUUCUACGAUGGGAGCCGUUCCUGUGCUAGAGGAGUCUGCCAUAUUCCAAUGGCUGAGCCAUUCUGCCCCAAGACGAGAGAGGUCCUCAUAGAGACUGCUAAGAAACUAGGACUCCGCUGUCAUUCCAAGGGAACAAUGAUCACAAUCGAGGGGCCUCGGUUUAGCUCUCGAGCAGAAAGCUUCAUGUUUCGUACCUGGGGGGCAGAUGUUAUCAACAUGACCACAGUUCCAGAAGUGGUUCUUGCUAAAGAGGCUGGAAUUUGCUACGCAAGUAUCGCCAUGGCAACAGAUUACGAUUGCUGGAAAGAGCACGAGGAAGCGGUUUCAGUGGACAAGGUCCUAAAGAACCUAAAAGAAAAUGCCAAUAAAGCCAAAAGUUUACUUCUCACUACCAUACCUCAGAUAGGGUCCAUGGAGUGGUCCGAAACCCUCCAUAACCUGAAGAAUAUGGCCCAGUUUUCAGUGUUAGUACCAAGACAUUAAAAUAACAUGGCUGCCCAGGAGAAAAGAA